UGAGGAAGAUGAAUCAUGAUUCACAAAUCAGUACAGUGACUCGACAUCAUUGAACAACGCGGCCAUGACUCACGCAUCACCACUGAGCUUUCGGUAAACUGAGAUUGCAGCAGAGGAGGAGAGCCCCCCUCCCCAAACAGCUGAACUAUAGACAUCCUGCUAUUGAUCACUGGGAGGACAAACAGAGAAAACAUCGAGGAGCUUUAACUGAAAACAUAGAAGAACUUUCUUCAAGAAGUCACUAUGGCAUCCAUCAAUCCUCUCUCCAAGGCCAACAUCAGCUUCUCUCUGGCUAUGUUCAGACAGCUGAGUGAGGACCACAGAACUACAAACAUCUUCUUCUCUCCAUUCAGCAUCUCUUCAGCUCUGGCUAUGGUGAUGCUGGGAGCCAGAGGUGACACAGCCACACAGAUGGCUGAGUGUUUGAAGACCCAGGACUGUCAGGAGGAAGUCCACUCUCUGUUCCAACAACUACUGGAGGAGCUGAACAAGCCAAGAGCUGGGUUUCUGCUCAGUGUUGCUAACAGGCUGUAUGGAGAGCAGUCUUUCCUCUUCCUUCAGGAGUUCUUAAAACAAACCAGCAGCUGCUACAAUGCAGAACUGGAGUCUGUGGACUUUAGAAACAAAUAUGAAGAAGCCAGGAUCAAGAUCAACAGCUGGGUGGAGAAGCAGACCCAAGAUAAAAUCAAAGAUCUGGUGGGGGAAGGCAUUCUGAACAACACCACCACUCUGGUGUUGGUCAACGCCAUCUACUUCAAAGGAACCUGGGAUCAACAGUUUCUGGGUAUUCGGACUGAAAAUGCUGAGUUUAGACUCAAUAAGAAAGACAAAAGGCCUGUGAAGAUGAUGAGACAGGAGGCCAAGUUUCCUUAUGUUGAAAUUCCUGAAAUCGACUGUCAGAUCCUGGAGAUGCCUUACGAGGGGAAGGAGCUGAGCAUGCUCAUCUUUUUACCACGGGAAAUACUAGAUGAGAGCACAGGACUGGAGAGGCUGGAGAAACUAUUGACCUACGAUAAAAUCAUGGAGUGGACUUCUCCAGAAAAAAUGGAUCUGACUGAAGUCGAAGUGUGUCUUCCUCGAUUCAAGAUGGAGGAGAAGUAUAACUUGAAGAAAGUGCUGACUCGCAUGGGCAUGGUGGAUGCUUUUGAUCAAGCAAAGUGCAAUUUCUCAGGAAUAUCUGCAGCCAAAGAUUUAUACCUGUAUGAUGCCAUCCACAAAGCGUUUGUGGAGGUGAAUGAGAAGGGAACUGAAGCAGCUGCUGCCACUGGAAUGUUUAUGUGUAAUUCUUCUGGUAAUUUGAAACAGCAAUACUUUACUGCAGACCACCCUUUCCUCUUCUUCAUCCGUCAUAACUCCAGCAUGAAUAUUCUGUUUGCCGGACGCUUCUGCUGUCCUGAGUGAGAUCUGUGAUCUUCAAAGAAAACUCAGCCAGCUAAUAUUUACAUUUAUUGCAACAGCUGGAACAGAUUUCUUUAUGUCAAAAAUUGAAAUUUCCUUUUCUUUUCAGCAUUUAAGUUAAAAUUGUAACAUUUAAUAAAGCAGGAGUCCCAUUCAAACAUUUGUUAUUGUCCAUUUUUAUCAAAU